UGCACUGAUGUCUUAUGUUGUUUGAUCUUCAUCAUUGUCAUCCUCUCAUAUGUGGCCCUGGGGAUAGUGGCCUGGUUACAUGGGGAUCCCAGGAAGGUACUCCAUCCAACAGACAGUUAUGGCCAGUUCUGUGGUCAGAAGGGAACUACCAAUGCGAAGAAACCCAUCCUUUUCUAUUUCAACAUCUUGAAAUGUACCAACCCGACUAUACUCAUCAACCUACAGUGCCCCACAACUCAGAUGUGUGUGUCAAAGUGCCCAGACAAGUUUGCCACCUACACUGAGAUGCAGUUGCAGCACAAACUCGGCAAGAGUUCCUGGGAAUAUUACAGACAGUUCUGUAAGCCUGGCUUUAACAACCCUGACAAGCCAGUGUCUCAGGUUCUACGAGAUGAGGACUGUCCCUCCAUGAUUGUACCUAGCAGACCAUUUCUCCAGAGAUGUCUACCAGACUUCAUCACGCUGAAUGGGACCGUGACUGUAGCAAACAGAACCAGGUUUAAAGACGCUCUGGAAAUGGCACGCAGUGUUACUGAACUCCAACAUGCUGCCAAGGGUAUAACAGAACUAAUGGACACUAAGGAGCUGGGCAUGAAGAUAGUGGAAGAUUACGCCAAGUCAUGGGCAUGGAUACUCAUAGGUCUGCUGUUAUCCUUGGCUGUUAGUCUGGUCUUCAUCCUGCUGCUGAGGUUCACAGCUGGUUUGCUGUUGUGGACUACCAUCAUCGCUGUCAUCCUGCUGCUGGCAUACG